UUGUGUCAGUUUUAUCUUCUUCCUCCACCACCAGCCACUAGGCAGAGCAGGAUCAGCAGCAGGUGGUGAAUUUCUUUGUGCUGCUGAGCCAUUUCCAUAUUUCUUCAAGCUGAAGAAUAUCUGAAUUAUUACAUGUGGAGAUAUAAGUGGACUAGCUUUUCUGAAGGCAAGUUCAAUGAACUGAAAAGAACUGGAAGGAAGCAUAAGCAAGUCUGUACUUUCAGUGGAAGAACUGAUGAACACUUUUAUAAAUAGUUUGUAUUGUGUGUGGCUAGCUACAUCUACAGAUGAGCAAAAACAUUCAACUAACGUCUCUUAAAGGAGUCGUCUGGGCUCCGACAUUUGUAAGCAAACAGGUUGGAAACUAUUGAAGUGGCCUUAUUUCCAACAUAAAAGACCUCCACGAUUCAUGUUAACAGCAACAAAGGAAAUAUGCCUACUCAACCUCUCUUAGCGUAUAUGGAUGGGCCAGAUGGUAUAGCGAGUACUGUUGGUUCACGUAUGGAGAACAAUGAUGCCACUAUGCCAAUAAAAGGGGCGAACACAAUCUCGUACAAGAACUUGCAAGACAAGUUCUUGAUGCAUAGUGAAGGAUGCAUGCCUUUGGAUUGCAUGUUUUGUGAUCAGACUUUCAAGCAUCCAGAAGAUCUUUGGAAGCAUGUCUUAACACAGCACAGGCCAACACUUUGCGAACCAGCCGUUCUACGUGUAGAAGCAGAAUAUCUUAGCCAUCUUGAUAAAGGACAAGUGAAAACAGACUUGCCAUCAUUGGAUGUCAAUGAAAAGGAUAGACAAGAUUUCAGCUGUGUGGUUUGCGGACAAACAUUUGAUGAGGCUUUUGAUGUUGAGGCCCACAUGAGGAAGCAUAAGGACUCUUUCACGUACUGGUGCAGUGUGUGUGGAAGGAGGUUUAAGGAGCCUUGGUUCCUCAAAAAUCACAUGAGAACACAUACUGGCAAGCCUGGCGCUAGAAGCAAGAUGUCCCAAGGUUCCGAGAGCCCCAUAACAAUAAAUGAGGUUGUACAGGACCAAGUAACUGAGAGCAUUACAUCGCCUUAUAAAAUCUGCAUGGUUUGUGGCUUCCUAUUUCAGAAUAAGGAAAGUUUAAUCGAGCACAGCAAAGUACAUACCAAAGAUUCAGUAGCCAGUGGUGAUGGCUCACAAGCUGACAGAGACGGCAAAGGGAACAGUUCACCCAGAGAAGAGUUUUUGCAGUUCUUAAACUUAAAACCACGUUUGCCUCCUGGCAGUAGCGAACAAGAAAAGCCUGUGAAAUGGAUAGGAGAGUUGGAUCCGUUCAGUACGUAUCAGGCAUGGCAACUGGCUACCAAAGGUAAAAUUGCUAUUGGCCAUGGACAAAUAAAAGAACCAGGGCAAGAGGGAAGUACAGACAAUGAUGACUCGUCUUCUGAUAAAGAAGAGCUUGGGGAAAUUUGGAAUGUAAACAAAGUGAGCCAAACUGAAAGCACGGGGAAGACCAAGGCAAGCAAAAGUGGAAAUUAUGCAGGCAUUGGUAACGUGCCACAGGACAAAUUCAAAUACCCCUGCCGUGAAGUGCCUUCUAUGGAGAUAGACUCUAAAUUGUCCCAGAACAAAGAUAAGCCCACACACUGUUCAGAGUGUGGCAAAGCCUUUCGAACGUACCACCAGCUAGUCCUUCACUCAAGAGUACAUAAGCGAGACCGAAAGAAUGACCUAGAGGCCAGUUCAGCGGAAGGAAAGCAGCCGAGAGCAUGUCUUCCAGACGUCGUGACUCUGGAUGAGAAUGGAUCAGGAGACCGAAUGGAGGGAGGAUCUGAAGAUGGAUCAGAGGAUGGGCUAAUAGAGACUUUAGAUAAAAAUGAAGAUGGCAUGGAGAGAGCAAAAGUUAAAAACCUCGGAGCCUCCAGAGAAUGCAGUUAUUGUGGGAAGUAUUUCCGCUCAAACUAUUACCUCAAUAUUCAUCUCAGAACUCACACAGGUGAAAAACCAUACAAAUGUGAAUUUUGUGAGUAUGCCGCAGCUCAGAAAACAUCUCUGCGGUAUCACCUAGAGAGGCAUCACAAGGACAAAAACAUAGAAGCUGCAACAGAUGUGAAAAACGACAGCAAAGCUUUGCUACCUUCUCAGGAGAUGGGAUUCUUGCCAGUCAGCAGCCGUGCUCCAGAAACCAAAAAUCUCAAAAGGCUCCUUGAAGAUGCCAAAGAUGCUAAAGGAGGCCCUCCUGUAAAACAACAGAAAGAAAUGCUUUCCUCCUUUCAGAGUGAGCCGAAAAUUGUAACUCAGGACCCAAGCAAAGGUACAGACUGUGAUGGCUCAGAUGAGGGUGCGUCAGUUCCUUGCCUUGUAAACUUAAAAUUGGAAAAAAACACAAAGGAUCAUCAGGCAAACAAUCUUGCAGGUAGGAUUGGGAAAAGGAGUUCCGGUUUGCCAGAAAAUACACUGCAUACUGGUGCUUUGAAAGGCAGAACAAAUAUGGAUCUUCAAAGCGAAUCCACAGAAAACUCAAAAUGCAGACUAAUAGUUCAAGAAAAUCCCUUAAAUUUAUCUACUGGUUCUUCCCAGGAUGCUCCAGUCAUCUCUCUUUCUCGAGGCUCUUUAGCAACCAGCACCUGCCCCUUUUGUACUUUCCGGACAUUAUAUCCAGAAGUUCUAAGCGUGCAUCGACGAUUGAUGCAUAAAUCCCCCAAUACUGCUAAUAAAAAUAGUCUCAGAAAUAGGGCAGCUCUUAAAGCCAGGCGUACUGGAUGCCCACCGUGUCUUUUGGGCAAGGAUGUUCUCCCGCUGCCUCCUAACUUGGGGAAAAUCAAGUCUUCCCUGCUUACGCAGUCGAAAUCCCUACACACGGAGAAAGUGAAACAGUGUCCUGCUUUACAGAGCAAAGCGCCCAUCCUUUCAGGGUUAAACUCCAGCAGCUUGGCACCAAGUAACUUGAAAUCCUGCAAACCGCAGAUGAUCGGAGUUCAGGUGAAUAGCUCUAGACAUCAGCAUGAAAUGCACCACAGUCCUAAUAGCACUCCAGUACAGGAUAGAGGGAAAAGGCUGGAUUCUAAAGCACGGGUUUUGGCUCCUCAAUUAGGCGCAGUGAGUAGCAACCUCAAUGGCUCUCUUGAGACUCCAUUGAACGAAGCCGCUUGCUCAAGCAAUCGAGGAAUCGAGUUUCUCAAUAACAGACCUGCUGGGAAUAGCCACUUGGAAUUCGAUGGCCUGCCUUCUAAAAGACUGAGGCCUAGUCACUUGGCUCCAGAACAGAUUGACUCUGCCCUGUAUCGGAGAGGGACUGAUGCCGGCAGAUUACAUAUUGCGGGCAGAUAUGCAAGCCUGCUACCUCAGGAAUGUUCACACACCAAACCUGCCUCCUCUUUCCUGCCAGUCAAACCAGGGCUCAUGAGCUCUGAAGUAGAUGCUAUCAACCCAGUGACUACUCUAAAGCCAUACGAAACGUACGGGCCUGGACCAUUUUACAGUUCCUGUGGAUCAAACAGCAGCCAAGUCCCCAGUUCUUCAAAAGAAGGAAAAAGGCCAGUGUCGUAUCAACACUUGUCUAGCACCAUGCUACAGAAGCGAAGUUACGAGAGCUUUAUUGGCAAUGCACAUAAUCGACUGAAUGAGAAGAGAACAUAAUUUGGCUGCAGUGAAUGGUAUGAGGAGGCAGAUUUCGAAUUCCCUUACAGUUCAUCUCUUGAGAAUAAUGAAUGAUGGAAGCUACCAAACUAAGCUGUGAUUGUACUAUGUAUAGAGACAAACACUACAGUUCUGUAAUGGAAGGUCUGAUCCCAUUUAUAUGAUGUGGACAUAAAAACUUUCUGUCCAAGACUGGGUUGCAAAGAACUGGCAAAUGUGUGUAUCAUUACCACAACUUGAAUAAUAUUUUUCUUAUAAUUAUCAUAGACCAAAUAUUCAACAAAGUAUAUUUUUGCAUACUUGAGUGCUGCUGAAGAGAGAUCCACUUUUGAACCUGUAUGUAAUCCUUGCACCUCAGGUAAAUCUGUGCAUUAUGUUUGUCUGGUUUAAAAUAAUGGGACGAUUUUUGUAUAAGGAUAGCAGUUUGUCAGAUUUUGCUUUGUGCUUUAAAUUAUGUACAUUUUAAAAACAAGUUUCCAAAUGAACUAUGUACUCUUAAGAUGUUCAUCUUAUGCACAGUUUGAAUGCCCCUCAGAGUAAGACAGGAACAUUGAUACCAAACGAAGACCACAACCUCUUCAAAGAAACCAUGUACUUGCUGAAAUUGAUGUGAUUUCCUGAACAUCCUCUGAGAAAGUGAAUUCAUUGAUUGUACUCUUUGUUAAUAGGCGCCAAGACUUCUUACAACCCUUCAUAUGCAGUCACAAUCUUUCCCUUAGAAGGUUUUUAGCUGAAUGCCUUCUAGCCUCUUAACUAUUGCUGGAGACAGUUGUGCUUGCAGUUGUGAGGGAUAUUCAGUUUACCUCAUCAUUUCCCCUUAAUAUUCCUUUUUUGGCUCCACAUCACAUUGCAAAAAAUGUAUAGCUUUAAGCAUGUGUAGUACAUAUGCCCAAUGCUCACAUCUUAACAUUCCCAUCAAACACUGAUGCAGUUCAUCAGACCAAGUAGAAAUAUUUUUAUUUGACAAUAGAACAGCCCUUGUAUAUUCAGUAGACAAAGCCAGUUGCAUGGGAGAAGAUUCCCACAGGGCACUAUGGAGGCUUCUUCCACUGUAUUUCCUU